AUGGCUAUCUCAUCAACUAAAUUACCAUCAUCCUUCAUCUUAGGAACCCCGUCACUUCAUUCUACAAAUCACCAAGUUUCAUUCCUUCAAAAUCAUAACUUGAAUUUUUCAUCAUCACUUCACAAGAGGAGAGUUUCAUUCACUGUCCAAGCAGUCAAAACUCCUUCUGGUUUGAAUUUUCAGGUUGAGUUUCCAAAAGUACAGCCUCAGUUUAAACGACCGUUUCUUGGGUUUACAAAGACUGCAGAAAUAUGGAACUCUAGAGCUUGCAUGAUUGGACUCAUUGGAACUUUCAUUGUAGAGCUUAUAAUAAACAAGGGAAUACUUGAAGUGAUUGGAGUUGAGAUUGGAAAAGGCCUUAAUAUUCCUCUUUGA